UUGGCAAAAAGAAGAGGAGGCAGUCAGUUGAGUAUAAAAACAACGCUGCUGGCUCCAAAGUCCAAAGCAAACGAAAGAGUCGAGGGCAGAUUCGUUGGAAGCAAAUUGGAAUUAUUCGGCAAAAGUAUUACAAAGAGACGAAAGGUUUUGUAGAUUGUUACUGUUUGAACCUCUGUGUUUGCAGUGUACACUACUUCAUGAUGGGAACUGAAGAUAAAAUGCUGCUUUGUUUCUGUCACUGGGGAAGGAAGACAAAGAUGCUUCCAGAUAGAUCCAUUUUGUAUGCGGGAGGUAUUACUGAUCAGUUUAUUGUGAAAACAAGCAUAAACUACAAUGACUUUGUGAAGGCAGUUUUUGAUCGAUUAGGCAUUGAUCCUUCCGAUAAGAUGUUACAUUUUACAGUGAAGUUUGAUAGGUCUGAACUGAUACGGCUGAGGGAUCAAGAAGGUGUCGAUACCAUGUUACAAUUUAAUGAUGGUUUUGCUCAUGUUUAUGUGUCCAGUUUUCAGGAGGAGCCUUAUUCUAUACCGCCAUCAGGUGGUGCGAAAAAAGUAGAACUUAAUGUUGUAUCUGAUUCAGGACGAGAUACAACUCCUCCUACAGGUGGCUCGCUGGAGAAGGCACGGUUCCAGUCAGCUGGAGAUAGUAGUAAACCUCUGAAGAAAGCAAUGGCAAACCAGUUAGCAGGAGGCAGUGAACCGCAGCAGAAAGAAGCUGUUGGGGCUGGUGAUCAAAAGCUUGCUGGUGUAACUAGGUCGCGCACUACUUCAAAAUCAAAUACAAUUUCUGAUAAAGACAAUUCAGAUUUCCUUCAGUGUCGUCAUCCUGAGUUCAGUGAUUUUUUCAAGCAUAAAGCUGAAAAUUGCUUUGCAGUUAACCAGAUAUGGGCUGUCUAUGAUGAUGCGCACGAUGCUAUGCCAAGAAAAUAUGUCCGCAUCAGGAAGGUAUUUGGUACUGAAUUUAAGAUCAGGUUCAGAUGGCUCGAGCCUCGUCCAGAAGAAGACCAAAGGGAGUGUGCUUGGGUCAAGUCAGGCUGUGGGAAGUUCAUUAGUGGGGAUAGUCAUUUUACUUCUGAUCGAUUUUUUUUUUCUCAUCAAAUGCAUUGUGAAGAGGGGACGAGUGAUAUGUACAUUUUAUAUCCUAGGAAAGGAGAAAUAUGGGCGCUCUUCAAAGCUCGGGAUAUUCUUUGGAGUCCACAGAGUCAUAGUGAACAUAAGUAUGAAGUUGUGGAGAUCCUUUCUGAUUAUGUUAAGAAUGCUGGUGUCAAAGUUGGUUACUUAGAUAAAGUUACUGGAUUUGCUGGUGUUUUCCAGAGAACAAAGCUGUCUGUAGCUGGUUCGUUCUUUAUAAAGCCAAAUGAACUUUACAAGUUCUCUCAUCGAAUUCUUUCUUUCAAGAUGAUCGGAACUGAAGGAACGGGUGUACCUGCGGGGUCGUUUGAACUUGAUACUGCUUCUUUACCCCUUGAUCCAAAUGAUAUUUGGUACCCUGGAAAAGUCAAGGAAGAAUCAGGACUUGCAGCAAAGUCAGGCAUCCGUUGAGUCUACUUUGUACAUUGACAUGGAUGGAACUGAAAUUUUCUGUCAUUAGUUGCUCGAUUAAUGGACUUCGUGACUUGGGUGGUGAUGAUUGCAGUAGCUGCAAUAACGGUUAUUAUGUUUCAUUUGAUUUCAGUAGCUCGAAUUAUGAUUUCCGAAUUAAAGUGUCUCUUGUGUUUGUAACUUAAAAAGAAAGGAAAAAAAAAGCUGAAAGACACCAGUAAUGCUUUUAUCUUUUCUAAAACUCUUCUGUAAA